UGGACACAAAGCGUAUGCAGACAUAUGUCGCUACAGACUCACGAGCGUUUUGCCCCCCCACACGGGAGAACAUGUUUAAGGUGGCCUCGUACGUCCCAUAUAUUUACAAAUGCUCAAAUGGAAGAAACUUCUUCAAAUUUUACAACCAAAUAAAGACAAAGGGGUACUCCGAUUUGCUUAAUUUUGCGAAGGGCCUGUAUCUGUGCUUGUGCAGGAAUUGCCACAAAAAUGAUGACCUGUUCAUACAUUUUUCGAAACAAUUGUUCAGAGACAUUCAUGGGGAAAAUUUCGUGGAGAGGAACAAGAAAGACCUGUGCUUGCUAAUGCUGUUGUAUAUGAAAUGCAAAAAAAGGAGUAAAUCGUUUGUACUCGGGAAGGACAUAAUUAAACACAUAAGUUGCGCAAUCGAAGAAAAUUUAGACAACUUCGAUGAAGAUGAUCUCUCCACCGUUUUGACCUUCUUAAACUGCACAGCGAAUAACAAAUUGUACUCACCCCACGGUAUAAUAAAAAAUGACGUAAGCGCCAGAAUUACAACACAGAUUAUUCAACGAAGCGAUAAUUAUUUGCACAAUUUCAGGCAGACGAAAAAUCUGUGCAUAUUGUACAGUUAUUUAUGCAGAGAAAACAUAAGCAUCAAAUUGCAUAAUAACAUUUUGUGGCGAAUUUUUAGCGAUGUAGAUCGCUGCGGGGACACCGAUUUGACUAACAUUGUAUUUAACUUUUACUACAUUAACAGCGUUUUUUUUAAAAAAUUUUUAAGCAAAAUAUGCGAGCUGUGUGCACACGAGGGGGGGCAAAUAUGCGAAGUAGGCCAUACUCAGAAUGGUUCGCUUUGUACCAGCAAAAUAGAAAAGCAAAACGAUAGGAGAGCUGAAACGUGCAGGAGUGAGGAGGUCACAUCGUUGACGAAGAAAUGGGAUGAGGAGUUAACCUCUCAGGAGGAACAUUCCGGAGGAAGCACACUCAGCAGUGAUGGGGUUGCACGUCAUUCGAACCCCGUUUAUAAAUGUGACAUGUUAGGACGUACAGCGGGAGACACCCAUUUUUCGCAAGAAAAACCCACCCCAUAUGUAACGUACGGAAACAUAUUCAACCUCUACAGCUGCAGUAUAUUCCUGCAUGGAUUCAUAAAUCAUUAUAACAACCUUUUUUUAAAAAGGAGGAUAGGAAAAUUGCUUGACCGAUGCAACUUCAUAGAUAAUAUUUGGAAAAACUGUAGACUGAUGCAUAUUUUUUAUUACACACUUGAGUAUUAUAUCAACACAGGGGUGAGACUGGAAAUGAAUGCAGACAGCGUGGAGCGCAUCUUAAGAAAGGGAUACACUGAUGAGGACGUUGCCCAUAAAAUGAAGGAGGUAAAAUUAUACAGCAACAUCUUUUGCGCGGAUAACAUAAAAUUGUUGAUGUAUGUAUACCAGGGUGGAGUGCGUUACUACGGACGUUACUUCGAUGCGUGCAGGGCGUUUCUAGAUAAGUACAUACUAAAUUUACUUCAAGAAGGAGUUUCCAAAGAUGAAUCGACGGGAAAAAACACAACGAAAGGAACAACACGAAUAAAGGACGAGCAUAUUUACCUACUGCUGAGCGUUUUAAACCAAAUGAAUGUGCAGAAUGAGGUAACAUUUGACUUAGUAAUGCGAAAUUUUAAGCUACAUGGGAAGAGUUAUCCCCUUAGGGCAAGUCUCCUGAUGCUGCAAUUUUGUCACUCCCAUGGGGGGGAUGAUUCAUACCGUACCAUUUAUACACACAUAGGGAGAACCGUGGAUUCGCUGAUCAGCUGCGAUAAUGCCAUUUUACCAAAUAAUUUUGGAGUUUUAUUUUUUCCCCCUUUUUUGGUGAAGGAAGGAAUACGUAGGAUGUACCUCUCUCUGUUUGUAAAAAGCGCCAAAUGGUAUUUACACAGAAAGGAAAAAACACAAACAUAUAGGUUAACUGAUGAGCUGCUAUACUUUGCCUUAAGUUACAACAUACUGUGGAGAGACACUAAUGCACAUGGUGAAAGUUUUUUAAAAUAUUUUAAAUUAAAAGAAUUAAAAAAGAUUUAUGAAUUUAUUCACGAAUUUGAAAAAAUAACAAAAAAAAUUCCUUCAAAUUAA